UUCGUGACUUGGUCACUCACUUUCUAUCUCUAUUUCUGAGGCUUUCUUUCUCUCUCUCUCUAUUCCUUCUCUGAAUUUUCACAUGGAGUCUCUCCGAGUACUGGGUGGCAUCCACAUCCCAUGCAACUCGUUUUCAAACUCAGUAACAUCUAAGCUCGAUAAUGGGAGAGUAGGUAGGCUAGUGGGUGUUACAAGGAGGAGGAGCAAUAACAAUGGUGGGUUGUGUUUGAGGCUUAGUGGGUCGGUUUUAGGUGGAAGCGAUGAAGGUAGAUUGGGUUUUGGAGCUUCUGGCACUUCACGAGAUCAUCGCGAUGGUGAUGGUGGUCGGACUCGGAGGAUUGAUCGUGAAAAGGGUCUCAUUUUGGGGGCCGAGAGAGAUGAUUCUGGCUCUGUUGUUGGCUUUAAAUUGAUCCCUCCAUCUGGUGAGAUUGAUGUCAAGGACUCCCUUUUAAAUACAAUUGCUGAUGAAGUAAAAGAAACUGAGGACAUUGAUGGAGUGGAGAAACCACAUACCAAAACAACCUACAAUCUUGUCUUUGUUACUGCUGAAGCAGCCCCUUAUUCAAAGACUGGGGGAUUAGGAGAUGUUUGUGGUUCUUUGCCUAUUGUACUUGCUUCCCGUGGCCAUCGUGUCAUGGUUGUCUCUCCUAGAUAUCAAAAUGGUACUGCUGCAGACAAGAACUUUGCUGGUGCUGUCGAUACUGGUUCUCGCGCCAGCGUAUUCUGCUUUGAAGGAGCACAAGAGGUUGGCUUCUUCCAUGAGUACAAGGAAGGUGUUGACUGGGUGUUUGUGGAUCAUCCAGCAUACCAUAGACCUGGAAAUCCUUAUGGAGAUAUUUAUGGUGCUUUCGGUGAUAACCAGUUUCGGUUCACUUUACUUUGCCAUGCAGCAUGUGAAGCUCCUUUGGUGAUUCCAUUGGGAGGUUUCACCUACGGGGAGAAAUGUAUUUUUCUCGUCAAUGACUGGCAUGCAGGACUUGUUCCAGUGCUAUUGGCAGCGAAAUAUAGACCAUAUGGAGUUUACAAGGAUGCUCGGAGUAUUCUUGUAAUUCAUAACCUGUCACAUCAGGGAGUGGAACCUGCAAUAACAUACAAGAAUUUGGGACUUCCUGCGGAGUGGUAUGGGGCAUUGGGAUGGGUGUUUCCAGAAUGGGCAAGGACCCAUGCUCUCGACACUGGUGAAGCGGUCAACAUUCUGAAGGGUGCAGUUGUGACAUCUGAUAGGAUACUGACAGUUAGCAAGGGAUAUGCUUGGGAGAUCACUACUGCUGAAGGUGGCUAUGGUCUACAGGAUCUGUUAAGCAGCCGACAGAGUGUCCUUAACGGUAUCACAAAUGGAAUUGAUGAUGUUGAUUGGAACCCAUCUUCAGAUCGCCACAUCCCAAACCAUUAUUCUGCUGAGGAUCUUUCUGGCAAGGCCCAAUGCAAGGUAGCUUUGCAGAAAGAAUUAGGUCUUCCUGUUAGGCCUGAUUGUCCACUGAUUGGAUUCAUUGGGAGAUUGGAUUACCAGAAAGGUAUAGACGUGAUUCAGCAGGCUAUUCCAGAGCUUAUGCAGGAUGAUGUACAAUUCAUUAUGCUGGGUUCUGGAGAUCCUCGGUAUGAAGAAUGGAUGAGGGCGGCGGAAUCAACUUAUGAAGACAAAUUUCGGGGUUGGGUUGGAUUUAAUGUCCCAAUUUCACAUAGGAUAACAGCAGGCUGUGACAUACUGCUGAUGCCUUCAAGAUUUGAGCCCUGUGGCUUGAAUCAAUUGUAUGCAAUGAGAUAUGGAACUAUCCCUGUGGUUCAUGGCACUGGAGGGCUUAGAGAUACUGUUGAGACUUUCAAUCCAUAUACUCAGGAAGGCGGAGAAGGCACAGGGUGGUCUUUUUCUCCACUAGCCAAAGAUGAAAUGUUGGAGGCAUUAAGAACAGCUAUUCGGACUUACAGAGAACACAAGUCUUCUUGGGAUGGAUUGAUAGAAAGAGGUAUGCAGAAGGACUUCACAUGGGAAACUGCUGCAGAAGAAUACGAGCAGGUCUUUGAAUGGGCCUCUGUUGAUCCACCUUAUGUCAGUUGAGCCACAAGGCUUUGUAAAAAAAUGGUGUUACAAGAGUAAAAAUUGAUCCUGUUAACGCAUGAAGUAGGCGAUCAUUUUGUCUACUAUAAAUCCAGCUGCUGCAUAAAACAGAUACAGUGUUGUCCUUGAUACUUAGGUAAUUGAGUCGUUGCCAUAAUUUUGAUUCAUCUUCCUCUGAUUAGUGAUUCUGCAAUUAAAGCUGUCAUUAGACUAGCUGCUCUUAUGACCCUUGCGGUUACAAAAAAGCUACUGUAAAAUGUUGUUUUAAAAUGAUUGGAAAAUGGGAAUGUCCAUAUUUUGUGUUGA